AUGCAGUUCACCAAGAUCACCGCCAUGGCCAUCCUGGCCUACACUGCCCAGGCCGCCCCUUACUGGAACCACCCGGGCUCUGGCGAGCACGCCACCGGUACCACCACCUCCGUCUAUGUCGCCUCCAGCACAAGCAGCUCCGUCGCUGCCGCGAGCAGCACCGCCGCCCCGCCCGCGCCUGCCGCGCCCACCGGCCUCAGCAAGACGGCCCAGAUCCUCCUCGCCGACACCCGCGUCGACGGCAUCAACAACGUCCUCAAGGACAACAAGGACUUUGUCUUUGACUUCAACGCUGGCCGCCCGGCCGCCUCCAUCGGCAAGGGUGGCCAGAUCGUCGCCGCCAACCGCAAGACCUUCCCUGCUCUCACAGGACAGAACAUUGGCAUGGCCGUCGGCUUCAUCGGCCCCUGCGGCUUCAACACCCCGCACAUCCACAACCGGGCCACCGAGCUGCUCAUCGUGACCAAGGGCCGCGUCAUGUCCGAGAUGGUCAUCGAGAACGGCGUCAACAACGCCGAAGGCAAGCCCCGCAACGUGGCCAACGAGAUCAAGGAGUUCCAGAUGACACCCUUCUUCCAGGGGUCCAUCCACUCCCAGUUCAACCCGGACUGCACCGACGCCGUCUUCAUCGCGCCCCAGAGCAACGACGACUUUGGCGUCAGCCAGGUCGCCAACAACUUCCUCGCCCUCAACGGCAACACCAUCAGCGCCACCUUUGACAACUUCUUCGACGGCGCCCAGAUUGACGAGUUCAAGAGCAAGGUUUCCAUCAACGUCGCCCUCGGUGUCGAGGAGUGCCUGAAGAAGUGCAACAUUUCCAAGCGCAGCCUCUAA